AUGACCUCUCUUCCUAGAACUGUUCCUGCCACCUGGUACACCAGCGACAAGUUUAUUGAGGCUUCCAGAGAAAAAAUCUACAACCGCGGCUGGCACUUUGUUUCCACUAUCAAUGCGCUGUCAAUGCAUCCGGAGCUGAACGAUGGGCUGGAAGACGCGCUUCAGCUGAAUUUUGUUGGGAACCCGUUCUUCGGAGUUUGCAACGUUGACGACCCGUACAAGGCUACCUCGGUUGACCUGCGGUACGGGGUGUACGAGGACGUUGUUAGGGGGUGCAAGACAAAAGAAGAAAAGGCAGCAAAAAUCGCCGAAUUGCCAACAGUCAACCACGUUGUUACCGAGGGCGGGCUAAUUUUUGUGUGCCACGAGAAGACGCCGGCUAAAUCGUUCAAAGAAUAUUUCGGUAACGAGCUGGGCCAAUUCAUCGACGGCAAAGAUUUCCGUAGCCGGUCGCUCCGCAGACGGCUUGUUUAUGAGUGUGACUACAACUAUUUGACCUUCAUCGACGGAUACCAGGAGUGUCUGCAUUGCCAGUACACCCACCCUGGCUUCAGCAAGGUUUAUCCGUUUGAGUUCUACAAAGUGGACCCGUACACCAACUUCUGCCGUCACCACUGUAACCCAGUGGGGGGUUCCAAAGACGAGGGCUUAUUUUUAUAUUUUUUCCCGUCGUGCACGUUGAAUCAGUACGGGGGAGGAAUGGGGAUUUUCCGGGCGAACCCCGUUAAUGGAAAUAAAACGCGCAUGGAGUUUGAAUAUUUCUUCGACGGUAACGACGAAGAAUUCGAGGCAUAUUUCAAGUUUGCCAGACAGGUUGCUUUGGAAGAUAUCUGGUUAUGCGAGGCUGCGCAACAGAAUUUGGUCAGCGGCAUUUAUCAGCAAGGGGUACUACAUCCAAGCAAAGAGGUUGGGGUUGUUUUCUACCAGUCUUUGAUUCGUGACAGGAUCAUGGCGCAGUGA